CCUGCCUGGGGAGCGCGCUGGGAAGGGCGGGAGGAUCCGGCACAGGACCGGGAGCGGCGGAAGGGCGGCAGCGGGACAGCGGGAAGCCGGGACAGCGGGACGCGGGCUGGCAGCGCCGGGACAGCGGGGCCGGGGCGGCGGGACGCGGGCCGGCAGUGAGUGCCGGGGCACGGCGGCGGCAGCCCAAAGCAAUCGAGGCCGGAGCAUGCGGCGGCGCCUGGUGCACCUGGACCUGAAGGGCGCCGCGCCCCGCGCGCCGUACCUGGAACAGGUGCUGCCGCUGUUCCGUGCCCUGGGUGCCACCGGGCUGCUGCUGGAAUAUGAGGACACCUUCCCAUAUACGGGGCCGCUGGAGCCGCUGCGGGCACCGCACGCCUACAGCCCCGCGGAGCUCCGGGCUGUGCUGAGCGGGGCGCGGGCGCAGGGCCUGGACGUGGUGCCGCUGGUGCAGAGCUUCGGGCACAUGGAGUUUGUGCUGAAGCACAGGGAGUUCGCUCAUCUGCGGGAGGUGCCGGCGCUGCCCAACGCCCUGAACCCGCACAAGGAGGAGUCUCUGGCGCUGGUCAAGGCCAUGAUUGACCAGGUCAUGGCCCUGCACGAGGGCCUGGAAUGGCUCCACAUUGGAUGUGAUGAGGUCUACUACCUCGGUGAAGGAGAGGAGUCAAAGCAGUGGCUGCAGCAGCCAGACAACACCCCAGAGAAGCUGUGCUUGGCCCACAUAAAGGCAGUUGCCAGUUGUGUGGCCUCAUCUUACCCCAGGGUGACUCCCAUCGUGUGGGACGACAUGCUCAGGGGGAUGAGUGAGGAGACACUGGCAGACUCCGGGGUCCCACAGCUGGUGCAGCCCAUGAUCUGGGACUAUGCAGCUGACCUGGACGUGGAGGGCAAAGUGCAGCUCAUAGAGAAGUAUCGGAGAUGUGGCUUCUCCAAGGUGUGGUUUGCAAGUGCCUUCAAAGGAGCCACAGGAGUGAAUCAGUCCCUCACACUUAUUGGGCACCACCUGAAGAACCACCUGGAGUGGCUGGAAGUGGCCAGCAGGACCCCCCCUGAUGUCCUUGAAGGUAUCGCCCUGACCGGCUGGCAGAGGUAUGAUCACUUCUCUGUUUUGUGUGAGCUUCUCCCAGUGGCAAUUCCAUCCCUGGCUGUGUGUCUGCAGGCACUAAAGAAUGGUGGCUACUCUGAAAAGGUUAAAGAAAAUGUGGAAAAGCUCCUGGGAAUGUCUAACCUGGAAAUUGAUACUUACAUGAGCACAAGUCUGGGCACCUUUCCUGGGAGCAACAUCCUCACCCUUGUGACACAAGUGAGUUUCUACCUCAAGUCAUCAGUGGAUGAACUUCUCGAAAGGAACAGGUAUGUCACAGGCUGGUUCAGCCCCUACCACAGGAAAAGGAAGAUUAUUCAUCCUAUAAUAAUGCACCUCUUCCAGCCAGAUGCAGUCAGUCUCCUCUCCAAGUGGAAUGCUGUGGUGCAAGACCUCCAAGCAGCCAUGGAGCAAGUUUUCCACCAGUGUGCUAUAGAGGAGUGGAUGGAGGAGAAUGUCCACCCCAGCCUACAGAAGCUGCAGCAAGUGGUGGAUGAUUUAGAUGAAGCAAUAAAAGCACAAAAUUAGGGGCACUUCAAUUAGUCUGUCUCAUUCCAUGGGAAAACAUGGCUAGUGGAAAUCAGCAACUAGUCAUCGAGCUGGAGUUUGUCAUCUGGAGAGCUGAACUGUGAUUAAACAACAGUGACCCGAGGGCAAGAAGUAAUUUCCUGGUGUAACAGA